UCUGCACAAUCGUUUCCAUUUCACGCUAAGGACUUUGCGUUAGCCUGUCGAAAAUGGUAGACAAGUUACAAAUGGAACCCGAAACGCUCAUACCGCAGCGUUAACCGAAACACUCUAUAAUUAGGCUAUGGAAUAGCGUAUAGUAAAUGUCACAGUGACAUUAUUUGCGUUUAAGUGUCGCUGUCAAUGUCAAACGCAACAUACGCGGGAUAACAAAAGUAUUCAAGUGUUGUGUGUUGAACUGUUGGAAGUGAUUGAAGAGUAAAUUAUUACAAAGAAAAUGGAAUCUAGACUUCUUGCGAAUCCCGAGCAAUUGAGUUUACUAAUAGAAUUUAUGGAAAGCCAUGGUGAUCUUUCAAGGCCUCAAAUGGGACUUCAAAGAAAGGAGCAGAGCGAAGGUUUGUGGCAGGAAUUAGCAGAAAUUUUAAACGCAGUGGGUGGUGGUAUUAACCAAACAGCUGACAAAUGGAAAUGGGUAUGGUCUGACUGGAAGACCAAAACAAUAAAGAAGGCCUCCGUUAUAAAUCGGGACAUCCAUGGUACUGGUGGUGGGCCCAGUAUGGGAAAACCAUUGAGUCAACUUGAGGAAAGGGUGUUACAAAUAAUUGGGGACAGCUCAAUUACUGGUAAUCAAGCUAUACAAGAAGCAGGCUUUCAAGAACAACCUCAAGUAAGACAUGCAGCUGAUACAGCAGACACGGUACCAUCACUAGUGGAUGAGACAGAGUUCACAAUAAUAGAAUUAGGUCCAGAAAGUACACCCACAUCAGUGCCCGUGCCAGAUAUUACUGCUCCACCUGAUCGUCCUGACAGUCCUGUGCCAGGCCCUUCAAAUUGUAGAACUGUACAAAGAGAAAGGUCGCCUGUAUCGCCCGGAGCUUCUAAUCCGCGUCAUCACCGUCUCAGACAGCGAAGACUCCGCCAAACACCGUUCGACCGAGCCACUAGCGAGUUUGUGGCAGUAGAGAAGAACCGGUUGCGUUUGGAAGAGCAGAGGGCAACUCGUCAACACAAUUUGGACAUGGAGCGAUUAAAAAUAGAAGCACAACGGGUGCAAGUGGAGGCAGAUCGAGUCCGGGUCGAAGAAGCCCGCAUGGGCAUAGAGGCAGACCUACGAGCCUCAAAUCACACACUAAGUUCUCAAAUCACAACUCUAAUUUCACUAUUGGAGACUCGUGAUUUGAGACCAAAUUAGUGUGUAUUGUUUUUAUAUUUCUUAUUUUAUGUUCUAGAAUUAGGUUUUAAUCACAAAUUAAUAUGAAUGUGUACCAUAUAAUUAUAUAUUUCUUUUUGUUUUUGUAUAGACUUUUACGUGCAUAGUGUAAGAACAAUAAUAUAAUAAAAUAUAUUGUAAAGAAUAUAAAACCUUUUUAAUUUUGCUAAGUUAGAUUUUACAAAAUUACACACUAACAAAGACUGGAUACAUUAAAGUCUGGACAAAAGAUUACUCACUAGCAGCACCAACACUAUCAGAUGGUUGGUAUCUAUCACUCCUUCAGGGGAUUUCAUUAAUAAUAAUAUGAAGAGGCAUAUUUGAUUUUAUUUGCAUUGACUAGGCUCCAAGAUUACUGGACGAUGAUUGGACACCACAAAUCUACUUUUGCUUCAAACCGGAGACCCAGCAACCUGCUAGGCCUCCCGCAGUUCCAUUGUGCCUCAAUACUCUGUCACAGCUUUUUCUCAGCAAAGUUAUAGAAUAAAAACAUAAGGUCU